CGUUGAUUUCGAUUUUGAGGAUUUAAUUAAUUUUCGAAAUGCUUUGGAUAACGAGAUUUUCUGGAUUUUUCUCCGCCGCGAUGGCAGUGAUCGUGUUAUCUCCGUCGCUUCAGUCAUUUCCUCCGGCGGCGGCAAUCCGUUCGUAUCCAUCUCCGAUCUUCAGAAAAGCUCCAGUGGUGUUCAACAACGGCGACGAAUGUCUCUCUUCCGGCGGCGUUUGCAAUCCGUCGUUGGUCCACGUGGCGAUCACGUUAGACGUAGAGUACCUGCGUGGCUCAAUCGCAGCCGUGAAUUCAAUCCUUCAGCACUCGAUUUGUCCAGAGAGCGUCUUCUUCCACUUCAUCGUCGUCUCCGAGGAAACAAACCUGUUGGAGUCGCUGGUGCGAUCGAUUUUCCCGGGAUUGAAAUUCAAUAUUUACGAUUUUGCCCCUGAGACUGUUCGUGGUUUGAUUUCUUCUUCCGUGAGACAAGCCCUUGAGCAACCUUUGAAUUACGCUAGAAAUUACUUAGCGGAUCUGCUCGAGCCUUGUGUUAACCGUGUCAUAUACUUGGAUUCGGAUCUUGUCGUCGUCGAUGACAUCGCUAAGCUUUGGAAAACUAGUCUAGGCUCGAGGAUUAUCGGAGCUCCGGAGUAUUGUCACGCGAAUUUCACGAAAUACUUCACCGGAGGAUUCUGGUCGGAGGAGAGAUUCUCCGGGACGUUUAGAGGGAGGAAGCCUUGUUACUUCAACACAGGUGUGAUGGUGAUAGAUCUUAAGAAAUGGAGAAGAGGUGGUUACACGAAACGUAUCGAGAAAUGGAUGGAGAUUCAGAGAACAGAGAGGAUUUACGACCUCGGCUCGCUUCCACCGUUUCUUCUUGUUUUCGCCGGUCACGUGGCUCCCAUCUCUCACCGUUGGAACCAGCAUGGACUUGGUGGUGACAAUGUUAGAGGUAGCUGUCGUGAUUUGCAUCCUGGUCCAGUGAGUUUGCUGCAUUGGUCUGGUAGUGGCAAGCCAUGGAUAAGACUUGAUUCGAAACGGCCUUGUCCGUUAGAUGCAUUAUGGACGCCUUACGACUUGUAUCGACAUUCGCAUUGACGUUGCCGUCUUGAUUGAGAAUCUGCAGGGAAGCUCUCUAGAUUGUUUGCUUGUUUUGUCUAAGUUUGAUAUACAACCAUUGUGUUCUGUCGGUGGAUAUGCACAGUGUGCCACUAGGGUUGUCUUGGUCAAAAGGACAAAUGAGUGGCUCCUACUAGGGUCUGAUCAGAACACAAUUAUAUUGAGGAUUGUUGUUUAAGCUAUCGAAUUUGUGAGUGUCAUGUCUUUGUUUAAGUCUUGUGAUUUAGUGACACAAGUUUCUGUUA